UCCCACCACCAGCAUCCCAACAGAAAAAUGUGCCAUUGGCGAAAGAUCCACUACAUAUAUUGCCGGCACACAUUUCACAAGGUCUUCAAAUGCUCGAGAGGCGAACUCCGCGGCUAUCCUUGCGCGGAUUGGGACGAUGAGGCUAAUGAGCGGUUGACGUUGAACCAUAAUGGUCGUCCUUAUAUACCUGCGGUACUGGAAUAG